CAAAUCAAAGUCAAGGUCAAGGUCGUGUGGAGUGGGUUGGGGUCACGCCCCCUCCGCCCACCGUGGCUGAUUAUGUUUUGAUUGGACGCUGGCUAAAUUAUUUGAUUAAUGGGAAAUGCCAGAAAAUAAACAAAAUUUGCGGCAAAUGUCACAUUUGCAAAUUGGAAAAUCUCCCCAUAUUUGCAAUUGUGCAUAUAUAUCUGCGUAUUUGCUCGGAUCGGGAAUUACAGCUACACGGGUAUAAAUAUAAAUACAUGUGUUUAUAAACAGCGAAGUGGGACGCAUUUUGUGGUCAAUGUAGAAUUUAAUUUGGCAUUGCGUUCUCGAUUAUGUCGCGACUCUUGUUUAUGGCGCUUAUGCAAACUGACAUCAGAUGAUUAGUGGGCGUGGCCCUCUGCUUUGCCGGCGGCCUUGAGCCGCUCAAUGCGCCUUGGCAUUGGCAUUGCAUCAUUAAAAUGCAAAUAACAUUUUGCUCCUUUUGCUAAGCGGCACGUGUGCCGGAGCCUGAAGGAUCCGCAGGAGGAGGAGGAGCAACCGCUCCAUCUUCAUCUUCAGGUGCAAAUAGUUUUCCAACAACUGACAGCAACUUGGCAUUCAACAAUGUUCUUAACCCACGUCUGGGCUGGGAUUCUUGUGGUUUCUGGGUUGAAAGGCUUCAAAAUGUCAGCUUACAGCUUCAGUUUUUGAGCUUUGGUCACAUUGUUGUGCUCCAUUUGCAGUACUUUGUACGCUGGUCACUCUUGUAUCGCCGAAAUCAUCUGAAAAUCUUCGGACGUUAUUUCUUUUGAUAAAAAAAAUUAAAAACUACUUCAUGUUAAGUUUAAAGUAAGCUUUAAAACCAAUUGGUAUUCAGAGUUUUGUUUUUUUUUAAAUUCGAUUUCCAGUUUUUAAAACUAGUUAAAGCUUAAUUGAAAUAUUUUUUAACCAAUCAAAUAUGGCUGUAAAUCGUGUUUUACGAAAAUCAAUAAGAAUAGCACAUCUGGCGUAUAAAAAUCGUGUUGAUAAAGGUUAAAAAGUUAUUUGAAAACCAAAUAAAAUGGCCACACUUUUUCCAUGGUUUACUCCCAAUCCUGUGUCCUGUGUGACAACCCUUUCGCCAUCCAUUUGGUUGCUCCAAAUGCGUGGUCACACUUCCCUUUCGUUUUCGUCGUCUCGUCACUUGUAGAAGGAUAUGUGAACUGGUUGGUAAUUAUGACUCCGCUCGAAACGAAGAAGAAACGCCCCUCGUGGCGGCUGUGGCUGAACGAACUGCCCCGCCAGGGAUCUCGCCCAGGACCCGUCCUCACACUGCGCUACUACAAGCGCAACCCCGCCUUCCGCCCGAGGGCCUCGAUGAACGGUAAUCCGCCGGAAGCCGAGACUCUGGCCUCCAAGUUCCUGGCCACGCGCAACAAGCUGCUCGGCCUGCUGCAUCGUCUAGAGAAGGUGAACACCAUCGUCGAGGAGUCCCGCCGCCGACGCAAUCCCUUCCAGCCGGCGACUCCGAUGGCGCUGGCCUACGAGGAAAUCGAAAAGCAGAUGAUGGAGGGAAUCCUGGGAUGGUCUGAUCACGAGGAAGUCGCCACCAACAAUGCCGUCGGCUUGAAAAUCUAGUUGGAGCACCGGAAAUCGCAAGCUGGAGAGGAAUACUAGAACUACUGGGAA